GUCAAAAAACCAAACUGAAUAUCCUUCAAAUAUUUGCGGGGUUGUCGGACAAAAGCCUCAAAACCCCAUCAAAGAUAUACACCCAAAUUAUCACAUUUUGUGCGAAUAGCAUCUUAUUACCUGAAGAACAUGUCACAACGGCAACAGUUGUAUUAACAAGAGCACUGUCCUUUUUAGACGAUGAAACACUCAUUUCCGUUUCAGAGAGUCUGCUUGCUCUCAAAUUCUGGAAAUUAGAUUUUGGCAAAGAAUGGUGCGACAAGAACAUGACCGACCCUCAUGAAGUAUUAAGUGUCUUGUUAUCAAACAAAGCAGUUUCUACUUAUUUAGAACACAAAGAAAAGAGUGGGUCGACUACUUUAAAGUACAUUGCAGUCAACUUAAUCCCACAUUCUUUGGAAUCCUUAAGUGCCACGCUGUCUUUAAUUUCUCUAAUACCAGAGGACUGUACACUUAUUGUCAAUGAUCUUAUCAAUCUUUUCCCAUUCGAUGGAGAUGUCGAUUCGUGUGUGUCUACCUCACAAGUCUUUGUACUUUAUAUUACAAAGAUCUCCGCAACACUCAGAAAAGACAUUUUACCAACUAUCAUACAAACCCUCGACCCUUUCCAACUCCUUAAUCCAGCAAUUCAAGACGCUUUUAACACACUCAAAGAAUUUACUCAGUGA